GCAAUUUUUCGAAAAAAGACAACCAGAAAUCCCAAAUCAAGUGCGGCCGUCUUUCUGGUCUUCCUCUGCAACUUUCACUCCAACACAUGUCGCCGGUAACGGCUCUUUGAUUAUGCAAUUUCUCAAUAGUCUGAUCUCUGUAUGGCUAUAACUUCACUCCCACACCCAUCUUGUUUUCGAAUCAAUUUCUCAGCCACCAAUCUCACUCAGAACUCGAUUUCUUUCAUUCUUUCUUUCCCAUGGAGACAGAGGCUACGACUACGAAAUUCAAGAACCCAGAUUUCCGGCCGGUGCCACAACCCCAUGAUUUCCACCCUGAAAUUACGGUGACUUCCCACGACGGCCUCCACUUCUGGCAGUUCAUGAUCGCCGGCUCCAUUGCCGGUUCUGUGGAGCACAUGGCAAUGUUUCCAGUUGAUACCGUCAAGACCCACAUGCAAGCUCUCCGCUCGUGCCCAAUCAAAUCGGUCAGUGUCCGUCAGGCGCUCGGCUCAAUCUUGAAAUCUGAAGGUCCCGCUGGGUUAUACCGAGGCAUUGGAGCUAUGGGUCUGGGAGCCGGCCCCGCCCACGCUGCAUACUUCUCGGUUUAUGAAAUCUGUAAGAAGCAUUUCUCUGCUGGCAAUCCAAAUAAUUCCGCCGCCCAUGCGAUUUCUGGGGUUUUUGCAACUGUUGCUAGCGAUGCUGUUUUCACUCCCAUGGAUAUGGUGAAGCAGAGGCUGCAAUUGGGACACGGUACUAAUUAUAGAGGGGUGUGGGAUUGCACCAAGACUGUGUUUAGGGAAGAGGGAAUUCGGGCGUUUUAUGCCUCGUAUAGGACGACUGUGCUCAUGAAUGCACCGUUUACUGCAGUGCAUUUUGCCACGUAUGAGGCGACAAAGAGGGCUUUGAUGGAGAUUUCACCCGAGAGUGCAAGUGAUGAGAUGUUAGUUGUCCAUGCCACAGCUGGUGCUGCUGCCGGCGCACUGGCGGCCGCUGUGACCACACCUCUGGAUGUGGUUAAGACUCAGUUGCAAUGUCAGGGAGUUUGUGGAUGUGAUAGAUUUAAGAGUGGUUCAAUUACAGAUGUGAUAAAGGCAAUAGUACAUAAGGAUGGCUACCGAGGGUUGAUGAGGGGAUGGAUUCCCAGAAUGCUUUUCCAUGCUCCUGCUGCCGCAAUCUGCUGGUCUAUAUAUGAAGCUGGAAAAGCUUUCUUCCAAGAAAUUAAUGGAAGCGAUGGCAAUAGCACUGUAACCUGAAGCACAAUGACAAAAUAAGGGUUUCAGUAUUCUUUAGUUGCAUCACACAAAUCUGUUGUAUGAGUAACAGAAUAGACUCCUUUCACACGAUGGACAGGUAAACAAGUGGCAAGAGAAAUACUCUCAGAGACUGCAAUGUGAUAACUGUCUAUCGAAUUGGCAUCGGCAUCAAUAGCUCAAAUACAUUGUUGUCAAUUUUAUAGAAACUUAUUGCUUAGCGAGUUUUUCUGGCGGAAAUUCAUCCAUCAUGAAAAUCCUGUCAAUGGGUUUAAUGAUGUUGUAAGGUAGAGUAUAAAUUGCUUCAGAAAGAGUCAAUUUUUUCCCCCAAUUUUUUAUAUAUUCAGGAAGUUUUGAUUUGUUUAUUAAGUGUUCAAGACUAAUGUGCCUUUAGUUGUUGCAAAGCUGGGUGGAUUUUGAAAUGUGAUGAUGGAAUAAUAAUAUGAAAUUAAA